CUCUGGGCACUUUUGCACUUUAUCAUGCCAACUCUGUUUGAUUCGCACGAUGAAUUUUCUGCCUGGUUCUCUAAAGAUAUUGAGUCUCAGGCUAGUGCCACUGCUGGCGGAGGGGGCGGAGGUAGCCUCAAUAGCAGCAGUAGUCUGGCCACUGCCAGACUGGAUGAGAAUCAGCUGUCGCGAUUGCAUCUUAUCCUCAAACCUUUUAUGCUGCGUCGCGUAAAGGCUGAAGUGGAGCACGAGAUAUCAGAGAAGGUGUUCCGCGCUUCCUAA